UAGGAUAAAUCAACCAGGUUUUGAAGUUAUCAAUUUUGAUCCUAUUUUGCAGGGGCUGUUUUCUUUGUACAACCAAAGCGGGAGUUGGGAAGCACAAAACACAAAAUCAUGGCGGGAGAAACCCUAGACGAUCGUAUCAGUGAGUUGCCGGACUCACUUCUGCUUCAAAUUCUGUCACUUUUGCCGACAGAGGAAGCAUUCACAACAUGUAUUCUCUCUAAAAGGUGGCAGUAUCUCUGGACUUCACUUGAUUCUUUCUUUUUCUCUCCUAAACGCUAUUGGGAAAGAACCAAAGGAUUCCGAUCAUUUGUUGACUACGUAUUGUCUCAUUCCACUGCUUCCAAAUUUGACAAGUUUGAGCUUCACUGCAGUAGCCUGUAUAAGCAUAAGUCUCAAAUCAGUCGAUGGCUUACUUUUGCUGUUAAAAAAAAUGUGCAACAUGUUGUAAUCUAUUCUCAUCCUCCUUACAUAAUGCCUCAAACUUUCUUCACUUGUUCGUCUUUGAUAACAUUACAUAUUGCGAAAUGUUCAUUGGUUUCUGAUAUUGUUAUAGCCUGGAAGUCUCUAAAGACUAUAAAAUUGGAGGGUAUGGCAGUAGUGGAUGCCGAAAUUAAUAACUUACUCUCAGGUUGUCCUGCGUUGGAAACUAUAGUAUUUAAUAGUGUUGGGGGUUUUCGUCGCCUAGAAAUUAAUUCGUUAAAUGUAAAAACCCUGAUAUUGGAAGGUUAUUGCGUGAAUAAUAGUGGUCACACAUUUGAAAUUUGUGCCCCGUAUCUGCAGCAUUUGGAGCUGUCGCGUGAUUUUCAGGAUUUCUGGUGUAGUCUUGUUGAUGUAUCCUCUGUGGUUAAUGCUAAGAUAACUUUCGACAUUAUGUGUAUUAAAGAUUUUGGGGAUGAUUAUCUAGAUUCUGAUGAAGAGGAUGAAGACAGUUGCAGUGAUUAUCACGAAGAUUUUAAGACCCUCGUCCAGGAUUACCUUCAAAAGCUACGUCAUGCAACCGAGUUAACAUUCGGAACUUUGUUCACUCAGGUCCUAUGCAUAUUGCAGUUCAAAGAGGUGCCAAUUCCAGAAUUGGAAUGCAAAUAUCUAGCACUGGAGUUGCAUUUGGAAAAGUUUAGUUUGUAUGGCGCAGCUGGACUUUUGCGAGCCUCGCGUCUUGUGGAGACACUCAACAUAACAAUAGAAAAUCAGCCAUUUGAUGAUUCCAGGUGCUGUUUUGAGAGAAAAUAUUUGGUCAAAGGUGAUAGUAUUGGUUUGCAGAGAUAUAUUUCAAGCUUUGUGUUUUCCAAUCUAAAGAAUGUUAAGAUUGUCAUCUUCUCUGGGGUAUGCAUGAAGGAGCAUCUUAAGAAGCUUUUCAAACUUUCAAAUUUUUUGCUAAAGAAUACAGUGGUUUUGGAGAAGUUCAUUAUUGUAUCAAAUAGACAAAAGUGUGAGAUAUGUGGAAUCAAGUGUAUGUCUCGAUUUUUAUCGCGUUUGGCUAAGAAACUGGGAUCCUCCACCGAUUCUGUGAUUAUCUUCCAACAGCAUGUAUAUGUAUCCUCUGUGGCUAAAUCUGAUCAAGAUUCUGAUGAUGAUGAGGAAGACAGUUACGGUGAGGAUCAUCAAGAUUCUGAUGAUGAGGAAGAAAGUUGCAGUGAUGUUUUCAAAGAUUCUGAUGAUGAUCAAGACAGUUACAGUGAUAAUUAUGAAGAUUCUGAUGAUAUAGAGGAGGAUAAUCCUGAUGAAGAUUCUGAUGAUAUGGAGGAAGACUAGCAGUGAUUAUCAUCAAGGUUUUAUUCGUCCAAGAUUACCUUCAAAGCUGAUACCUGCAACCUAGUUGAUAAUCACGGUUUUAUUCGUCCAAGAUUACCUUAAAAGCUGAUUCGUGCAACCUAGUUAACAUUUAGAACUUUGUUAACUUGGAUUUAUGAUGUUUGUCCUUAGUACCCUGCAAAACCAAACAUGGAUGCUUUUGGUUAGAAGUACAUAACUUGGUGCUGUCAAGUUAUUAAAAUUGCAUGUGCUUCACAAAAUACUAUUUUCGUGAUUUUCUGGCAUUUAUUCUAGCAGACAGUUUCAGAAUGUUAA